GCGUGCGUCUUCGGGUCGGAAGUCCGUCCACUCCCGCAUGAGGCUGUCCAGUGCUCUGCUUCCACUCCCAUCCCUCUUAUUGAAGUGACUUAUUAGGCUUAGAGAUGACAUUCCCUUAGACGUCCAGAAGCUGGAGAAAGGAAAUGGACUCAGUGGUCAUUGAGGAUGUGACCGUGGCCUUUAGCCAGGAAGAGUGGGCUUUGCUGGAUCUUGUUCAGAGGAAACUCUACAGAGAUGUGAUGAUGGAAACCUUCAGAAACCUAGCCACAAUAGUCUCUCAAAACCUUAAUGAUGGAAAAAAGUUAUGCAGUGAACAUAUAAUGGUGCGAUUCAUGAAGAAUAGCAGCUGGUCCUACACGUUAGGAGAAAUCUUCAAAUGGCCUGGCAAUAAAAAUCAACAUAAAAAGCAGGGGAGACAUUUGAGAAGUCAUACAGUAGAGAACCUCUGCGAAAGCAAUGAAGACAAUCAGUGUGGGAAAACCUUAAGCAGAAUUCCAGAUCUUACUGUGAUAAAAAGAAAUCCUCCAGAAGUAAAUGCUUUUGAAUGCUCUGAGUGUAGAAAAGCCUUCAUGGAUCACUCAUCACAAAAAUAUCAUACCAGAUCUCACACAGGAUGCAAUACCUACCAGUGUAAGGAUUGUGAAGAAGCCUACAGUUGUCCCUCUCACCUAACCACUCCUGUGAGAACUCUUAAUGGAAAGAAACGGCAUAAAUGUAAGAUAUGUGGGAAGGACUUCACUUGUGUCUCAGCUCUUAAGAAUCCUGUGACAACACUCACUGGUGAGAAAUGUUUUGAAUGUAACAAAUGUGGGAAAGCACUCUGUAGUUUCUCAUCCUUUUGGACACACGUGAGAGAUCAUAAACAUGUAUAUAAAGAAGGUUGUAAAACCUAUAGCUGUCUUUCAUCCCUCAUAUUACGUAAGAAAUUUCAUAACAGAAAUAAGCCUUAUGAAUGUAAGGAAUGUGGGAAAGCCUUUAGUGAGGCCUUAUCUCUCACUCAGCAUAUAAGAACUCAUAGUGGAGAGAGACCUUAUGAGUGUAAGCAAUGUGGGAAAGCCUUUAGUUGUUCAUCAGCCCUUACUACACAUACAAGAACUCACAGUGGAGAGAGGCCUUAUAAAUGUAAGGAAUGUGGGAAAGCAUUUAGUCAGGCUUCAUCUCUCACUCAACAUAUAAGAACUCACAGUGGAGCGAGGCCUUAUGAAUGUAAGGAAUGUGGGAAAACCUUUAGGUAUUCCUCACACCUCACUAAACAUAUAAGAACUCACAGUGGUGAAAGGCCUUAUGAAUGUAAGGAAUGCGGGAGAGCAUUUAGUCAGGCUUCAUCUCUCACGCAACAUAUAAGAACUCACAGUGGAGCGAGGCCUUAUGAAUGUAAGGAAUGUGGGAAAACCUUUAGGUAUUCCUCACACCUCACUAAACAUAUAAGAACUCACAGUGGAGAAAGGCCUUAUGAAUGUAAGGAAUGCGGGAAAGCAUUUACUCAGGCUUCAUCUCUCAGUCAACAUACAAGAAUUCACAGUGGAGUGAGGCCUUAUGAAUGUAAGGAAUGUGGGAAAACCUUUAGGUAUUCCUCACACCUCACUAAACAUAUAAGAACUCACAGUGGAGAGAGGCCUUAUGAAUGUAAGGAAUGUGGGAAAGCCUUUAGCUGUUCCUCACACCUCACUCAACAUAUAAGGACUCACAGUGGAGAGAGGCCUUAUGAAUGUAAGGAAUGUGGGAAAGCCUUUAGUUGUUCCUCAAACCUCACUUCACAUAUCAAAUCUCACAGUGGAGAGAGGCCUUAUGAAUGUAAGCAAUGUGGGAAAGCCUUUAGUUAUUCCUCAGUCUUAACUAGGCAUAAAAGAACUCACAGUGGAGAGAAACCUUAUGAAUGUAAGGAAUGUGGGAAAACCUUUAGUUGUUCCUAUUCUCUCUCUGAACACAUAAGAACUCAUAAUGGAGAGAGGUCCUAUGAGUGUAAGCAAUGCGGGAAAGCCUUUAGUUGUUCCUCAGCCCUUACUACACAUAUAAGAACUCACAGUGGAGAGAGGCCUUGUGAGUGCAAGAAAUGUGGGAAGACCUUUAGUUGUUCCUAUUCCCUUUCUGAACACGUAAAAACUCACAGUGGUGAGAGGCCUUAUGAAUGUAAGCAAUGUGGGAAAGCCUUUAGUUGUUCCUCAGCCCUCACUACACAUACAAGAACUCACAGUGGCGAGAGGCCUUAUGAAUGUAAGUAAUGUGGGAAAGCCUUUAGUCAGCUCGCACAUCUCAGUGCACAUAUAAGGACUCACAGUGGAGAGAGGCCUUAUGAAUGUAAGCAAAGUGGGAAAGCCUUUAGUUCCUCAGCUCUCAUUACACAUAUAAGAACUAACAGUGAAGAGAGGCCUUAUGAACGUAAGGAAUGUGGGAAAACCUUUAGGUGUUCUUCGCACCUUACUACAUGUGAUAAAGUUCACAGUGGAGAGGCUUUAUGAGUGUAAGGGGUGUAGGAAAGCCUUUAGUUGUUCCUCACACCUCAUUUGACAUGUAUGAACUGAGAGUGGAGAGACUAGUCUGUCUCAACAAUGGAGUGUUUUAUCCUUAAUGCUAUAAUUUCAAAUAGCAAUUUGCUGAAAGUCUGCGAUUGAAGAAAAAAGUCUCUUGGUAAGUAAGAAAGCUGUACUGAAAGUAGGGGUUGUUAGAACUACUUUGUGCAUUUGGGAAUAGUGAUAGUUUCAUUGUAACUGUAGAGCUGUACUCAGUAUUUGUUACUUCUUUAAAGUAUUUGGCCAUGGCAAGUAAGGCUGCAGGGAAUGGCCUUGAGCAAAUGUGGCUUUGUAUUUUUUAAUGCUUUUAUUGAUGUUACUUUGCAUGCAUUUAAAUACACUGAUCUUGUAUUUAAGAGUGUUUUGUUUUCAUAUGUAAAUGCAUUUUCUUGCGUUCUUUCAUAUUGUAAAGUUAACUGUCUUACCCUUUAUAGUUAAUAAGUUUCUAUUAGGAUGAUACUUUGAGACUUUGGAAAUAUUCUGAUUUUCUUUGUAUUUUUGCCUACU